AUGUCUGAUAAGACUGUUGUGGAGAACGCUGAUCGUGAGCGAAGCCAGCGAGGCGAUGAUGAGGGAGACCGAGAUGUCGCUUCACCGUCCGGUAUAGAAGGGCAGAGCUCUGGUAGACGACACUUCACGCCAAUUUAUGAGAACUUCGACCAAGCAUACACAUCCAUCACUGGAGGCGACCCAAGCUCUCAAUUUGGCACGCCCACGCCCGGUACCGAAAGCCUGAACAAUGUGUAUGCUUCAGGAGCAGCGUCAGUUCUGCCCUCGGCGGCUGAUCAGACUGCACAUGUGGCCAGCGGCUCUGUGAGCCUGCCCUUCCAGAGAUCCAUCUCACCAGAUGAUGAUGAGCACAUGAUGGUCGGACGGCACGCACAGCUCGAGGGUGAUAGAGGAGACAACCCAGCAGGAAUGCAACUUGCAUCCACUGAUGUGGCGCUGCAGCCGAUUAUGCGCAAUGUUCGUCGCGGAAUUGCCACUCCGAUUUCACCACUCCAGCGAGAGGCUUCUUCAGUAAUGUUCGACUGCGACGAUAGGGGCAUUCGAGACCGAUCGAGCUCCAUGCCUGUGCGCGCGCCGACUCCAUAUCCCGACUUGGAAUCAGGACCCCACAGUGGUAAUGAGUCGACUAUCGGCAAUAUUGUAGAACGAUACGGCGGCUCUGACGAUAGCUUGCUCCCAACUGUUGGCUCCGAGAGAUCUCGACCAGGAUACAGCUCAAGCAGCGGGGACACAGCACCCGCUGAUGCUACUGGUGUGGGUCGUGUCUAUACUCAACCCCGAGUCCGACACAAUACUGCUCUCGUUGGUGCUCCACCUUCAUGGCCUCUUCCGUCGGAAGUCUCGGGAUCUUCUGAGACCAUGGGAAGAAACGUGACGCAGCUCUCGUCAUCGCCUCCAACCUAUGGCACAACUGCAGGACUGCUCAACAUCAGCCGUCAGCGCACUUCAGCCCAUGGCGAAAGUCCACUUGACCCUAUCAAUCCAUUUGGGCCACCACCGAGGUCAAGCAGUGUGUACUCUUCUGAUUUAGACGAGAUGCUUGCGCGACGGGGAAGGUCGACGACUCCUUUUGAUCAGAUAGGCGAGCCAGGUCCAGCUAUCGCGUCUUCUCCUCGACCGACAUCACCGGCGAUCCAGCUUCUGCCACAGCCUCUGGCAAACGACUUUGAUAUUCCCUCUCGUUCGAAUCAGACCGAAGCCCGAGCGAGCAUUGAUGAGCCGUCUUCCAGCUCAGGUAUCGGCAUAGCCUUGACGGGUUCUGAGGAUCCGAUCGUGCGGUUUGAGCAGGGCGAUCGAACUUCGACUGCUUUCGAGGAAGCCAUCGACACAAAUGACGCAGACGAUGAUGCGGCUUGGUCCACCACUCAGGAGGGUACCAACACCCAGAGAAACUCAGCCGUUCCAUAUGUCGACCUAGCGAAUGCCACCAGCAGUUCAAGCCUCGGUAGACAGGUGGUCUCUGCUUGGGAUCCUUUGGCGCUCAGAAACGAAGACGAAGGAACUUACAGAGAGAAUGCAGAACUUGUGCACUUACGCAGACACAACACUCUUGGUGAAGUCCAAACUAUCAUUCCGGAAAGUUCUGCAGAAAUUGCAUCGCCGCGGCAGCGUCGCCAAACGGGUCCUAGAACUUCAACCUCUCUUGCAUUGUCAGGGUCUGAACAGACUAUCACACCAACACUUCACAAUAUUGGCCAAAACAGUGGCACUCUUUACCAGCCUACGAUCCCAGGCAAUACCCUACUCCUACGAACACCUCGCAUCAUCAGUCACCCGUCGGAAACCAUUGUCGACAUGUCUGCCACCAGUUCUCGCGAGGACCAUGCCGCCAACAACCGCGCUCUCCGCAUGGCUGAGCUGGAAGACCUCAUCCGUCGCUACGAGCCAAGAGCCGACGAUGCUCCUCCUCGUCAACAGUGGCCCGAGGCUCGCCUCACCACCGACCGCCGCAUUCUCGAAGCCGAGAAUAACGAGGAGUUUGUCCGCCGCCAGCGCGGCUUGACCCGGACCCUGCUCUUCUUGAGCAUUCCUUUCUACAUCUUCACGUUCCCCUUCGUCAAUUCGUUGGCGACCAACGGGCCCGUCGCCCGCAACGUGCUGCUGUGGUUCUCGCUGCGAGGCGGUGGCCCCAUCAACAAUGUCCACCGAGAGGACAUGGCGUUGGCCGAGCGGGUCGAGUUGUUGUUGUUGGGUGCCGUUGGUGUCGCCAUGGCGGCAAUCUUCGGUGGCUUGGUUGCCUUGCUGUGUGGAGCCUGGUGA